AGGGCAGUCACUCCCCUGGCUGAACUGGUGGAGAUGGCAGUGAACUUCAUCUACAGUUGUAUUGCACUUUGCUGCUUAACACUCUGGAGCUUCAACGGGAUUUCAGGUGAUACACACGUACCACCACCUCAUUCAACCAUGAAACCUGGCUCCCCUAUCCCAGUGAACAUCAACAGCCCUGGCGUUCGCAAGGCAGCUCGCUUUGGGGUUUAUAGAUACAACAACAGUUCCAAUGACCUCUUUCUGUUUAAGGAUUCACAAAUAAACAAAGCCAUGGUACAGAUUGUCAGAGGGCUGAAAUACAUGCUCCAUGUGGAAAUCAAACGCACUGAGUGCGAGAAGAGGGAGCACCCCAGCCUGGACAGCUGUCACUUCCAGAGGAAAAAAAACCUGCAACAGAUGCUGAGAUGCUAUUUUGAGGUCUGGAUAACACCUUGGUUACAGAAAGUACAUGUCCCUGUUGUUCACUGUCACCAGUAGCUUUCUCCAUGAGAGCCUGAUUUACAGGGGAUCUACCACCAUGAGUUUUUCCUUACCUGGACUGUCGACAUCAAUACUGAAGUGGAGAAUGUACAGAACCACCCCAGAGCUUCUCUCUCAAAGUACUUGGUCCUUUUUUCCUUGAGAAAGAUGCUCAAAAGUAACAAAGACCUGCCUUGACUGAA